GAAUAUUAAUAUAUAGGGCUUGGUAUCCUUAUUAUCUUCGACUUGGUAUCCUUAUUAUCGUCGACUUGGUAUAUCUUCUUCUAACCCCAAUAAAUUCUUGUCGGAAUUAUUACAAAUCUCAACUAUGGAGAUAGAUUUUUUAGGCCUCAGCUCCCCCAAAUUCACUAUGGAGAAUCCACUCAUCCAUCCAUUUUCUGAUUCAGGCAGAGAAGGAAUCGAGACAUCCUUGUCACUUUGUACAAGCACUUCUUCACUUGAUUCCCAGACCAAGAUCAUCAAUUUAAUCGAGAAAGACAUGAGUUUGAGUUAUUACAACAAUACUCCAAAGAAAAACGAACAUAGUAGUCCAACUGUUCAUCCUCAAUUUCGACCAAUAUUCCUUUUCGACCUAAAUGACACACCCUCCGGCAUAAGAAAUAUUGUUUCGGCUGAGAAUAGGCCAACCGAGGUUGCUUCCUUAAACGCGAUGUAUUCGGCAAGCUGUCCUAAUAUAUUUGGUGAUACUAUGCAAGAAAAGAACGACAAAGCCAAGUUUGGGAUGCCCAUCGAUCCUAGAAGACGCAUAAAUAGUGGAUAUACUCCAACAAUAGCCAUGGCUCGGAAAGCAACAUUGGCUCGGUUUUUGGAGAAACGAUUGCACAGAUUAUGCAAGUCGAACUCGACCGAAGGAUUAAAACAAGCAGCGACGCCUCAUAUGAUCAGGAAUCAAGUGAAUAACAGCACCAAUUGCCAAGGCUCUUCGACGGCUAUUACAAGAAGCAACAAGAGGAAGGCCAACAGCCUUGUCCGAUGAAGAUGAUUUUGUGGGAAGUCUGAGACAACCUACAAAACGCUUCUUGAAAAAUGAACCUUUUUCUAUUACAACUAUUUCGACAAUGUUUUUCUUACACUAAUUAUUGAUAGUGAAAUUGUUAUUGAGUGCGAGUCGAUUUCGAAUUUUUCAUACUACAUUUACAGUUCUAUACAUUUUGCCUUCCAUACAUACAUUGUACUUGUAGAGUUGAAGAUUCUUCUUCCCUUUAAGACUCAUGAUUGCCAUAGUAAAUUUUAUGUCAACCUUAACUUUCUGGAAACUUAUGUACUUCUUAUCAGGUAAUACUCAGAAUUUGUUUGGAUGUGA